UGAAAAGAUGUAGAACGCAGUUUGGGAGAGAAAAGUGUACGGAAGGAAAAUAAUAUUUUUUUUUUUUUUUUUUUUUUUUUUUUUUUUUUUUUUCAAUUAAAAAGUUGAAAAGAUACAAAUAUUCGUCGCCAAAACUCAAAUCUUAAACAAAAGGUUUAAAUAGAUUGACAAUAACAAUCCUAAAUGGAGUUGGUUCGUCGCCAAAACUCAAAUCGCUAUAACCAACUCCAUUUAGGAUUGUUAUUGUCAAUCUAUUUUGCCGGCCACUGUUACACUAACUAUAUUGUGUGGUAUUAUUUCGGUUGAUAUUAAACAAAAGGUUUACAUAAUAGUUCCUCGAAGGUAAAAAAAGUGCAAGCAGCAGCAGCGAUCACACACAGCUAUAGAAAAUUUAUACCAAAUAUUGAAGAAUAUUGCCAAAAAUGUAAAUAAAAAACAAUUGUAAAAAGUACACAUGCAUGUGUUAUGGUGUAUAUAGGUAGGAGAAUUGUGGGGGUCACAUGGAGUUCAGAGAAAGAGCAGAAGAGUGCCCACGUCGUCUGUGGUUUAGGUCCUCGGGCUCUGCGGAUACCAAACACCAUCAUGCAUGCCCAGCUCUAAUUUUUUUUUUUCGUUCUUUUUUGGUUUCUUUUUUUAUACAAAUUAGGGUUUUCUUUGUGUAUUUCACAUCCUCCUACGACCAUCAAAUAUAAUAUAUACCCGCAUCUCCCCCAGUAUAGUAUAUAAAAAAAUACAUACUUUAACAAUUUCUUUUGGAGCAUUUUCAACCUAUAAUACUAUUAUAAUAUCAAGAUUACACUAUUUUAGCGUAAUUUUAAUACUAAAAUUUUUUUCAUCUCAAAUUCAACUCCAAAACACUAUUUUAAUAUGAUUUUCACACUAAACCUCUCCAAUCUACACUAAAAAUUACAUCAUUUUAGUGUAACAAUAUAAUUUCACAGUAAAUUUUACGUAAACAUAUAGUGUCACACUAAAAUAAUGUAAUUUUCAAUAUUAGAAAGAAGAGAUUACAAUUAAAAUAGUGUGGAAAUCAUACUAAAAUAGUAUUUUAAAAUUAGGUUGGAUUUGACUUUACAUCAUUUUUCACACAUCAUUUAUAUAUUAUUAGCCCUUCUUUAUUUCUUUCUUUCAUGCUCCCUUUAUAUGGUUUCCUUUUACACAUAUUUUAUGAAUGUAUUAUUCAAGUUAUCUAUCUUAUAUUAUUGACAUUUUUGACAGGUAUUGUCAUCAUAUUUCUCUCCACUCUCUGCCCAUCCACUUGCCUCAUUUCUAAUAAAUUUAAUUUUAUUAUUUCUCAAGUCACCCAUGAGUCCUUUUUCUAUAACAUGCAUAUGUAACUAAUAAGCAACUAUGGUACUUCAUAUUCCUACAUUUUUCUUACAACGUAAAAAGAUGGACGUACAUCUAUGUUACACAUAAUUAGUACUAACAAAACCAUCGAUCAGUCGCAGUAAAACCAAAAUAAAACAUUUAGUGUAAUUAAAUUAUCAUCCAUUUUGAUAACCUCAAAUGCUAGCUUAAGAUAUUAGAAUUUUGCAAGUGAAAAGUAUACAAAAUAAUAAAUAUAUAUUUUGAGAGUAGUAGUAGUAGUACGAUAUAUUAGUAAAUUUGUUUGCCUUCUAUAUAUGACCAUAAUAUUUUCACAUACAAAAAUCUCAGUUAAACAUAUAUUAAAUAAACACGAACGAGUCGAAAAUUCACUGGCCACGAUAUUCACGAAUUCUUUAGUUAGGGCUGAUACACAUGAUUAAUUUAUGAUGCUAUUUUCGUAAGACUUUAGUGAAAAGAUAAAGUUGUACUGUUAAAAUAUUUUAGGAAAUGAGUGAUUUUUAUAAGAAAAACAAAAAGAGAAUGCAAUGAGUGAUCGUUUUUCUGUAAAAAUCGACUGUUGUAAGUAAAAAUUAAAUUAGUUAACGAUCACUACACAUCUAAUAGAACAUGUUUUUCAUCAUUCACUCAUAAAUUUCUGCAUGUGUGUAACAUUUUUAUUAAUUUUUGAGAAAUUGAGAAAUUGAGAAAAUAUUAUAGAAGAUUGAUGUGGAUGGCCUCUACUUAAAAUUAUAAGAAUACUGUGGAAGGCCUCUACUGGAUGCAAAAUAAAGUAACUGAUUGUUAUCGAUAUGUUAAAUGGACAUGCUUGGAUUAUAAUGGUCUAAACUCUAAAGACUUAUUAUCUAAGCAUAAAAGGUUUGAGCCAAAAAACCAUAUAUAAUGAAGAAUUGUUUUUGUAAGAACACGUCCGUAAACAGUUUUCGUUAUUAGGAAUAAUUAAAAGAAAAAAAGACUAAACUAGAAGAGAAAGUUGACCCCAAAUUUUUUUGGAAGAGAUCAUUACAAUAUAAUUAGAGCUAUAGAAUAACCCAAAAUCCCAUUAAAAGAAGCAACCCAUUAGGGCUAAAAAUAAACUUUUCAAGUAUAUCAAUAAUUUAAUUUCUUUGAAAACAAAUUAAUAAGGCUGUCAAUUCUUUGUCACCGGAACAUGGUCUGAAAAAGCGAUUAGCUGGACCGAUCACAACCCAAUUCAUCCAUUUUCCUCGCGUAGGCAUACCUUUCGUCCAUUUAAAGUCAAUAAAAUCCAAAUAAAUUAAAUCUUUUACAGGGAUAAUCAAUAUAUUGUUAAAUCAGUUUGAGUAAGAAGAAGAAAAAGUGUAGUCCUAAAAUUAUAUAUACAUGACGUAUCUAUAUUUUUUAUCUCUACGUACAUGAAAUAAUCCAUAAUUUCAGAUUUUUAUAAUAUUUAAAGCUGGCAGACAGAGAGACCAUCACACUCCUCUCUUUCUUACAUUCCCACAACCUCCCAAACAAAGAGAAUUAGUGGAAAGUAUGAUUUGCAGAGGAAUCAUUCUCUUCCUCGUCCUCUCUCACUCACAACCCUACACACAUAUCAUAUAAUUUUAAAAGUACCAUAUAUAAAAUAUUUGUAAUAGAAAAACAAAGAAAUAACUAAAUAAACAAAACCCUUAUCUUCUUCAUGAGAAUCAUUUCCUCUCCACAAAACCAUGCCUUCUUAAAGCUCUCUUCAGUAACCCAUCCAUAUAUGGCCUCAUGCUGAGAUCAUAUGACCGAUUUGUUUCCUCUUGAACCCUCUCCGCUUUACGGCGUUUGCAGCAACGGCGGAGGCGGCUUCUUGGAGGCGGUGAUGAUGAGAGAAGCAACAAUAAACAAUCAAGAUUCUAGUGGAGAAGCAUGUUCCGUAUCCGAUCCAAUAGCAGCUUCUAAUGAAUAUUAUUAUAAUCCGGCCAACGAAGACGACGGAUCCGCCUCCAAGAACGACGUCGUUGCUUCUACUAACCUAGAAGACGGUAACAGAGACAAAUCUUGGCUCCGCUUAGGUGUAGGCCCUGAGAAAAACAACAACGGGACAUCAUCAUAUAAGCUCCAACGUUGUUGUAGCAAAAACGCAAGUGGAAGAGAAAAUUCGUUAGACCUCACUUUGUUUACCUCAUCCUCAACCGCGGCAGGAGCGGUUAGAAGUAAAGUAGAUCACCCGCAGCCGCAGCCGCCAUAUUCUCAUGAUGAGUUGCUCACGAUGCGUGGAGCGUCUUUGGUUUACAAUCACCAGUUAUUCCGGCCUCAAACGUUACUAAACCGCGGCUAUUCGUUUCCAUUUUCAAAACCAUGGAUACCUCAAUAUACGGCGCCAUUUAGACCUUCAUCAAUAGGAAUGAUGAGUGAGCGUAACGUUACUAUCAGUAAUAGCUUUACAAGGAGUUGGUGCGAGGAGGAGGGAGGAGCUGGACCAAGCUCGGAGUUUAGGGUUAUUGAUCCUCCAAAAAGACCACAUUCUGGUCUUUGGUUUCUUCUCCAAGCUUCGCAAUUUCAGGAAAAGGAACCGUUCUUACCUCAAGUAAACAAAAGCUACUUGAGAAUCAAAGAUGGGAGAAUCACGGUUAGAUUGCUAAUUAAGUACCUUAUGAAGAAGCUUCAGUUGGAUAGCGAGUCUGAGAUAGAAAUAAGAUGCAGAGGGCAACAAUUAUCGCCGUUGUUGACGAUGCAGCAUGUAAGAGAUACCAUAUGGAAUCCAAAAUCAUCAUUACCAUCAUCAUCUCCUUCUUUCACUUUGCUUCGGGAUUCAUCAACUAGUGAUCAUGUCAUGAUUUUGCAUUAUGGUAGGACUGCUUAAUGAUAAAUUUAUUUAAUAUUUUUUGCUUUCCGUGUAAUAUUUUUUGAUCAUUGUGUAUUUAUCAAGUUCUAAAUGUUCCUCUCUCUUUUUUUGUGGGGUUUUGAUAGUAUUUGAUAGUUCUCUUUU